CUAUUUAAGGCGGAAACAAGAGCCGUUCAGAUGGAAAAGACCAUGAAGUGGUGGUCAGAAUGUACAGCGAAUUGGCGCCAAAAAUGGUCAUACGUCAGGGACGAAAGAAACAAAUACCGGCAGGAAAUGCAACGCAUGAAAACGGUUAUCGAAAGCCUGCAGACUCGCAGCUUUGAGCAGGAACUUCAACAAAAAAAUAUCACCAGCACAAACAAGGCAUUGAAGCAAAAGCUGGAAGAAGUGCUCAAAAAACUAAACAACAAUGAUAAUUCAAGCAAGGAUAGCGAGGCCGACAUUCGAGGAAAUGCAGCACCUUCGCAGAGGUCAUGCAGAAGUCUUGCCUCAGAAGACGUCUGCAACUGCAGAAAGCAUGUUCAUUCAAGCUCGGUACCUAAUUCUGAGGCAGACAAGUUGAAAAUACAACUACAAAAUGCCGCAAGGCAGUUAUCGAGGGAAACUGAGUAG